UUUUUCACGUGUGCAGUACGUAUGCAGUUCUGAUAAAAUCACCAAAAAACUUAUAUUAAUUUUAAUACAACUUUAAUUGAGAAAUUAGUUCAAUUAAUUUAGCGGUUAUUAAAAAUUUUAUAAUUUAAAAAUAAAUUAAUCUAAUAUUACUCGAAAAAAGUGAUAAUGGAGUUAGGUUAAUUAGCUUGAUAUUAAAUAAGAUUAUAAAUAUAGUGUAUCAAAAUUAAAAAUACAAGUGUUGAGGAUAAAAACAUUGUUUUGUGAAAGUGGAAUUUUUCAUUCACCAUGGAACCAGAAAUUGAUACAACACAAGGUGGUUUAAGAACUGAUGGAAGAAGACCACUCGAGUUAAGGAGAAUUAGAUUACGUUUAGGUGUUUUUAGUCAAGCAGAUGGAAGUGCUUAUUUAGAACAAGGAAAAACGAAGAUUUUAGCAACUGUUUAUGGACCUCACCAGCCUCGAGGUAAAUCUGCUGCUAGUAUUACAAAAGCCACGAAAGGUGUUGUAAAUUGUCAGUUCAGUACAGCUGUAUUUAGUUUUGGAGCUGGAGAAAGGAAAAAGAAGCCAAGAGGUGACAGAAAAUCUCAAGAGAGAUCACUGCAGCUGAGGCAUGCUAUGGAGGCAAUUAUAAAUCUAGAACUUUUCGCCAAAUCACAAAUAGACAUUUUUGUUGAAGUUCUACAAGCAGAUGGAAGUGAAUUUUGUGUAGCAGUUAAUGCUGCAACUCUUGCUUUAAUUGAUGCUGGGAUACCAAUCAAGGAUUAUGCUAUUGGGUGUUCUAUAACAGUGUCAGAUAAUCUCUUCGGAGAUGAUGAUGAAGAAAAACAAGGCACAGGAAUUCUUGAUGCCAAUUGGAUAGAAGAAUGCUCUCCAGGUGUUACCUUAUCAAUUGUAGCACUUCCAAAAAUUGUAGAUGAAACAGAAACUAAAAGUUCUGUGAUAUUGGCUCAUGGUGCUGGCCAAAGGUUGCAUUUGUCAAGGCUUGAACCUUUAAAACUGCGUGCACUUCAAGGUUGCAAAGACAUUAGAAAUAUUAUUGACCAAGCUGUCAAAGAUCAUUUGCAAAUAUUUUCCGUAACUACUGCACUAGACAAACAAGUUUAAUUUUCAAAGCAAUAUUUUUUUACGGACUGGAAAUAUUUCCAAAAAUUUUAUAAUGUACAAACAAAUUUAUAAAAUAAUCACAUUUUUUAUUUAUAAUUUCUUUUUAAUAAACAUGAUUUCAA